AUGUGGCGCGCUUUUACGCGACUUAUUGCGAUAACAGUUGAGUCGUCGUCAUCUGCUCAAGGUGCUACACCACACCGACUGCUGACUCAGCAAUUCCAAGCACAUUCCCAUCAGCAAAUUAAUUACCUCAGCUUACUCAACAACCGGAAAAUGUCCAGUGAAAAGCCAAAGGUUGUAUUCGUUUUGGGCGGCCCAGGGGCAGGCAAGGGCACGCAAUGUUCCAAAAUUGUGCAACGCUUCCAGUUCACACAUCUCUCAGCUGGCGAUCUUCUGCGCGAAGAACGCGCCCGUGAAGGUUCCCAGUUUGGCCAGCUCAUCGAGGAUUACAUCCGAAACGGACAAAUUGUACCUGUGGAGGUCACGUGUUCUCUGCUGGAGAAUGCCAUGAAGAACUCUGGUAAAACGCGUUUCCUCAUCGACGGAUUUCCACGUAACCAGGACAACUUGGAUGGCUGGAAUCGACAAAUGGAUGGCAAGGCGGAUAUGCAAUUUGUUUUAUUCUUCGAUUGUGCUGAAGAUGUUUGUGUGGAGCGCUGUUUGGGACGUGGCCAGAGCGGCUCUGGAAGGAGCGACGAUAACAUGGAGAGUCUGAAGAAACGAAUUCAGACGUACAACAACGACUCGCUGCCCAUCAUUAAGUUCUUUGAGCAGGCGGGCCAAGUGAAGACCAUUGACGCCAGUCCCGAUGCUGAGAAGGUCUUCGAGGAAGUGGAACGUGUCUUUUUGGCCAACGGCUUCCAGUGAAACUUAACUUAAACUAACUGUGGAUGUUCUAUUUAGCUUGAUUUAGAUGCGUGUUCCCAGCUCCCCUUUACUCUUCUUCUUAACUGAAAUAUACGCUUGUUAUCCGUAA